AUGGCACAUCAGGCCGGCUCAGAGGGAGCUGGUGGCUGUCAAGCGGUUUACGACGCCGUUGAGCGCGGUGGCAGUUCUUGUCUGUCUUCGCACGAUCAGAAAAUCUCGGAAGAGUCAUCCCCUUCUUCAGCAUCUGAGCAAAUCAGUCGGGGCAGGAUCAGCGCGCGUCUCAAGCGCAACAGUUCCAAGCUCCUAACGUUACUAGGUCUCCGCAGCUCCUUCAACGCCGGAAAAGCUCAGCCUAGGGAAGAAGAGACUUCGAUGCAUCGAACGAAUCCUGCUGAAUCCUCUCAAUCCUCUGGUUCAUACGCAACAAAAGACACUCUCAGUUACAAAAGCACGCAAUCUAGGGCGUGUCCUUGCGUUCGUACCGCGGAAAUUUCAGCCCAGAGAAGCUCCAGCACUUUGCUCGACUCGUCCAAAGACCGAAUAGAAACAUGCGAGAAGGUUGCGGAAGGCACAGACUUUCAGCCGCGUCUUCUGAAGACCGAUGUUGUCCAGUCCACUCAUCCUCCGACCUUCGAUACUCGUCGCACCAAUUCAACUUCGGCCGUCUUGACUGAUAUCGUCGCUUACAAACUAUCAACCGCAUUUGGAUAUCCAACUGUCAUCCGCCGCUCACAUCUACGAUCACGACCAAAUCUUCGGGCUGUUCACUUCGUGUCUCCGAAUCAGCCUCUCAGCAAGCAAGGUGAUGGCGCCAACGAUGCCCAGGAUAGCGACGGUCCGUCGACUUCUCCCUGUGACAGCGGCUCACCCGUGAGCACAAACUCUACUCCUCCGACCUCUGAAGAACCUUCCUCCUUUGCGGAUGGUUGGAAACAGUCGUCGCAGAACGUGGCUCCGAAGGAUCAGCGCCUAUCCCUUCCAGACCAGGGAUCUCACAGAGCUCUGACUCCGAUUCAGGAGUCGCCGAACGUUACACCGUCUAUUCACACUGUUGAAGCAACUGCUAACGCAAAAAUAUUCUUCGAAACGUAUUUCAAUACCAUCUUUCGCAGCGGGGAUCCGCGCUUGGAACGUCGCGUCGAGCUCGAAAGAUGCAUCCAUAAAUCCCCACUCGCCCCAGAAGAGAAGGCCAGAGCAAGGAAAAAAUGGCUUGACCAAGAACGAGAGCAUUUACGUCAAUACCGUCUACUGAAGUCUCGCCCUCACCGCGCCCGCCGCGAUGAGACAGUGGCCCUGGCUGGCUAUGAAGUGGUCAAAGUUCUUGGUCGAGGAAGCUUUGGUGUUGUGCGACUGGUGAAGGAGAAAAGACCCAAAGAUGGUUCGGUCUAUUGCAUCAGCGAAGGUUCAUCAUCUUCUUCCUUCAGAAAGGAUCGCUUUAAUUCCCUGCGGUCAGCUCUUAGUGGAGCCGAACGUGAGCGUCGACACCCCAUGACCCGUGCAAGGACAGAUGUCUUUGCCAUGAAAGUGAUACGGAAGUCAGUGAUGAUACGCAACAGUCAGGAGGGUCAUUUGCGAGCAGAGAGAGACUUCCUCGUUGCCUCGGCAAAAUCUCGCUGGGUAGUCCCCUUGAUCGCAAGCUUCCAGGAUCACAAUUAUCUCUACUUGAUAAUGGACUACAUGGUGGGCGGGGAUUUCCUUGGCCUCUUGAUGCGAAGAAACAUUCUGCCAGAGCACUUCACGAGAUGGUAUGCUGCAGAAAUGAUACUCUGUAUCGAGGAGGCUCACAAACUUCGAUGGAUUCACCGGGAUGUCAAGCCAGACAACUUCUUGAUCUCAUCCUCUGGUCAUCUGAAAAUCUCUGACUUUGGUCUAGCUUUUGACGGUCACUGGGCACAUGAUCAAGCCUAUUACAACGACCAUCGGUACUCCUUGCUUGAAAAGCUUGGAAUUAAGAUUGACGGCGACAGAGAAGACAGGGAAGAAGCGAAGAAAGCAGCAGAGAAGUCACCCGAUGCGUCAAAGAAUCACAACGAAGUCAAGCUCGACCGCAACCCACCAUCAACCAAUGUAUUAGACUGGCGUGACAACAACCAGAAGCGCAGACUUGCCCGAAGCGUCGUUGGCACCAGCCAAUACAUGGCUCCGGAAAUCAUCCGAGGUGAAGCGUAUGACGGGCGAUGUGACUGGUGGAGUGUAGGCAUCAUAAUAUACGAGUGCCUCUAUGGAUUCACCCCGUUUGCCUCUGUGGACCGGCAGGAGACCAAGUGGAAGAUCCAUCACCAUGUGCAAACAUUGUUUUUUCCUGCUGAGAGACCUGCCGAUCUGAUGGUAUCCACGGAGGCAAUCGAUCUCAUCAAUCGGCUACUCCAGGAUAAGGAGUACCGCCUAUCCUCGAGCAAGUAUAAGGUCAAUGAACCAUUGAUCUUGCCGCCUAACCUGAGGCGUUCUAUCCUUUUCGACGAUAGCAGAAACCGGAACUACCAAGGUUUCUACGUAUACGCGGACGAUGCCGGAGACAUCAAGGCACACCCCUUCUUCCAUGGCAUCAACUGGCGUACACAUCAUCUGACCGAACCGCCCUUCACUCCCAAAGUAGAUGGCUGGGAAGAUACUCGCUAUUUCGAUGACAAUGAACAGGCCAUGGACAACGAUGAUGUUUCUCUUACCUCGGAGGAAAACCAAGGGCAAGAUGAGGCCGACGGAGAACACGCUCACGAACCAGGCCCCGAAAAGGUGCAAACGCGGCAAGAAGGCAGUCAGCCAAGUAAGAAGGACUAUCUCGAGUCUGCAAAGAAGGACAAGCACCGCAAGAAGGACAAACGCAAGCGGAGAAGACCACGAGACAAGUUACUGCGUGACCCAAGAGUUGGUAAAACAGUUCUCGACAUUCGCAAGCGAGGUGCAUUUCUGGGCUACACAUACCGACGGCCAAAUGCAGUCGCACUGGCACUUGCUCCUGAACGGGGCCGAUCAAUGUUUAGACGGGGACACCUGUCAGAAUUAUAUGGAUGUUGA